GUCUCAAGCGGCUGACUGGCUAUCAGGAUGUGAGCGCCGCAUUGACGGAGAUGAAGGAGGAGAAACGGCGUAUGGACAUGGAACACAGAGUCUCCAUCCUCCAGCUCUUCCGUUCCCGCAUUUACCGCCAGCCGUUGCUAAUCGCUGUGGUUCUGCAACUCUCCCAGCAAUUGUCGGGCAUCAACGCAGUCUUCUAUUACUCCACCGACAUCUUGACCAAAGCUGGCCUGGAGCAGCCCAUCUACGCGACCAUCGGGACAGGCAUCGUUAACACCAUCUUCACCAUCAUUUCGGUGUUCCUGGUCGAGCGGGCAGGAAGGCGGACGCUACACCUGGUGGGCUUACUCGGAAUGGGCAUCUGUGCCUUAUUGAUGAUGACCUCACUCCUCCUUCUGAAAAGUGUGGCCUGGAUGGGCUACCUGAGCAUGGUGGCCAUUUUCGCCUUUGUGGCCUUCUUUGAGAUCGGGCCGGGCCCUAUCCCGUGGUUCAUCGUGGCGGAGCUCUUCAGCCAGGGUCCUCGGCCAGCCGCCAUGGCCGUGGCCGGCUUUGCCAACUGGACUAGCAACUUCAUCAUCGGCAUGAGUUUCCCGGCCAUCCAGGAGGCGAUCGGCCCUUACGUCUUCCUCAUCUUCGCCAUCCUCCUCUUCAUCUUCUCCGCCUUCACCUACCUCAAGGUGCCGGAGACACGGGGACGCACCUUCGAUGACAUCGCUGCCACAUUCCGACGCACCCCGUCGUUGUUGGAUCGCGAGAUCAAGCCUUACACGGAGCUCGACGAACUGAGUCCGGACGGCCACGAAUGAAUCGGGGCAGAGGGCAGGGAAAGGAAUGGCGGGGAGGGAAAGGAGGCCACAAGGAGUAGAAUCGGGGACACCGGCAAAGAAAACAAGGUUUGUCUCUAGCACUUUAGGGCCACGAGGCCUGGCCGGAAGGUCUCGGGGUCUCGGCCAAACAUGUUUCUUUGGUCUGGUUUGCAUUUACUUUAUUUUAUUUUUCUUAAAAUAUUUUUAAGGGAAAAGCAAUUUAAAGAGGAUGAUUUUUUUUAAUCAGGCGGUUCGGGAGGGCAGGCACCACGCUCACUUUGCUGUAAAUUAGGCUUUGGGGUGGAAAGAUACCCUCUGGGUAGCCCUAUUUGGUCUAGAUUUCCCCACCCCACCCCAGCUUCCCAGAGCACUUUCGGAAGCACAAACCAAUCAGAGAAACUGGCUGCCAAUUAACCCUCUUCUGAAGUCUUUUCCUCAUUUCGUACUUGAUUCGGCUUGCGCUAAUGUUAAGUCCUGAGCGCAUAGCGCACAAGAGUGCCCCAGAGCAUGGGCAGAGUUCCUGGCCACUCUCUCAGGAGGUUCCUUCCUCUUUCAUGUGCUUCAGGAUAUGCCUUUUCCAGUAAAUUUGGGACACCUUCUAGACCGGGGCUAUCCAAACAUGGCUACUUUAAGACCUCUGGACUUCAACUCCCAGAAUUCCCCAGCCAUUUCUUCCUUUUCCCCCUUUGCUGAAGUCAAGAUAUAUCACGUCUACUUCAGUCCCACUAUCUAUUAAGAAAACUUACCCAAUCAAACAAAUAAAAUAAAAGUAGUCUGGCCGUAUUUGUUAUUGUCGUAUACAUAACUGAAUUCUGGUAUUAAAAAAAAAAAAACCUUGCCAGCUGGGGAAUUCUGGGAAUUGAAGUCCACAAAUCUUAAAGUGCCCGAGGUCUAGAUUUCAAACCCUGAAUGUGUGAUGAAUGCUGGGUCCAAACAAGACGAUGUUGACCAGAGAGGUGGAAGAGUGACAGCCUGGGAAACACCUCUCCUCCUUCACUGGCCCUCCAUGGUGGACCUUUGGACCACUAAGGCCACCUCAAGAGGAAGGACUACAAGUUCCAUACUCAGGCCUGCGAGAGGCAGAAGGAGGGAUGCUGCUUUCUAUGGACUAGUGCUUCCCAGCCACUGUCACUUUAAGAAGGGUGGACUUCAACUCCCAGAAUGCCCCAGCCAGUAUUUGUGGGCUUCAAAGGACUCCCAAAAUCCCCCAGCUAGCAUUUGUGGCCCUAAAACGACUCCCAGAAUCCCCCAGUUAGCAUUUGUGGGCCUCAAAGGACUCCCAGAAUCCCCCAGUCAGCAUUUGUGGG